GUUUUCUUUUUUACUUAUUUAUACCUGGGCUUGUUUAUAACUUUGGAUGAAAUGGAAUCUUCGAAAAAAAAUUCCAAAUUUUACUAAUAUGAAAGCAGCCUGAGGAUGUUUUGUUUGCCUGUUCUUAAUAGGCUCUUCAAACCAGAGUGGUAGUGCAGUAUAGCAGUUUCACUGAGUUGGAACCUGAAGACCUGACCUGAGUUUGAAUUCUGCCUCCAGCACUCAUUAGCUGGGUGCCCUGAGCACCAUGGCCCAGAGCAAGGGCCUGCUGUUCCUACUGCUGUUGCUGCUGCAGCUGCUCCUGGGCCCCGUACUCUCUGUGAGGGCACCUGUGUUUAGCCGAAGUAGCACCCACAGCCUGAGCCCUGAGGAAAAUGAAUUUGUGGAGGAGGGGCCUGUACUGGUCCUGAGUCCCGAGGAGCCAGAGCCUGGCCUGGCCACCAUCGACUGCCCCCGAGACUGUGCCUGCUCCCAAGAGGGUGUUGUGGACUGUGGUGGCAUCGACCUGCGGGAGUUCCCAGGUGACCUGCCAGAGCACACCAAUCACCUGUCUCUGCAGAACAACCAGCUGGAGAAGAUCUACCCCGAGGAGCUGUCUCGGCUGCAGCAGCUGGAGACACUGAACCUCCAGAACAACCGUCUGACUUCCCGAGGGCUUCCGGAAGAGGCAUUCAAGCAUCUGACCAACCUCAAUUACCUGUACCUGGCCAACAAUAAGCUGACAUUGGCACCUCGAUUCCUGCCAAACGCUCUAAUCAGUGUGGACUUUGCUGCCAACUAUCUCACCAAGAUCUAUGGACUCACCUUUGGUCAAAAGCCAAAUUUGAGGUCUGUAUACCUUCACAACAACAAGCUAGCAGAUGCCGGGCUGCCUGACAACAUGUUCAAUGGCUCCAGCAAUGUCGAGAUCCUCAUCCUAUCCAGCAACUUCCUACGUCAUGUGCCCAAGCACCUGCCACCUGCCCUGUACAAGCUGCACCUCAAGAACAAUAAGCUGGAGAAGAUUCCCCCUGGGGCCUUCAGCGAGCUGAGCAACCUGCGUGAGCUGUACCUGCAGAAUAACUACCUGACUGAUGAGGGCCUGGACAAUGAGACCUUCUGGAAGCUCUCCAGCCUGGAGUAUCUGGAUCUGUCUAGCAACAACCUGUCACGGGUCCCAGCGGGUCUUCCCCGCAGCCUGGUCCUCCUACACCUGGAGAAGAAUGUGAUCCAGAGUGUGGACGCCGAUGUGCUGACGCCCAUCCGCAGCCUCGAGUACCUGCUCCUGCACAGCAACCAGCUGCGGGCGGAGGGCAUCCACCCGCUGGCCUUCCAGGGCCUCAAGCGGCUUCACACCGUACACCUGUACAACAACGCACUGGAGAGUGUGCCCAGUGGCUUGCCCCGCCGCGUGCGCACCCUCAUGAUCCUGCACAACCAGAUCACAGGCAUUGGCCGUGAAGACUUCGCCACCACCUACUUCCUGGAGGAGCUCAAUCUCAGCUACAACUACAUCACCAGCCCGCAGGUGCACCGGGAUGCCUUCCGAAAGCUGCGCCUGCUACGCUCCCUUGAUCUGUCGGGCAACCGCCUGCAAACACUGCCUCCAGGCCUGCCCAGAAACGUGCACGUGCUGAAGGUCAAGCGCAAUGAGCUAACUGCCCUGGCACGGGGGUCACUGGCUGGCAUGGCCCAGCUGCGGGAGCUCUACCUCACCGGCAACCGACUGCGCAGCCGGGCCUUGGGUGCCCGCGCCUGGGCGGAUCUUGCUGGUCUGCAGCUGCUGGAUGUCGCUGGGAAUCAGCUCACAGAGAUCCCCGAGGGGCUCCCCAAGUCGCUUGAGUACCUGUACUUGCAGAACAACAAGAUUAGUGCGGUUCCUGCCAGUGCCUUCGACUCCACCCCCAACCUCAAGGGGGUCUUUCUCAGGUUCAACAAGCUGGCCGUGGGCUCCGUGGUGGAAAGUGCUUUCCGGAGGCUGAAGCACCUGCAGGUCUUAGACAUUGAAGGCAACUUUGAGUUUGGUGACAUUUCCAAGGACCAUGGCCGCUUAGAGGAGGAAGAGGAAGAAGAGGAGGAGGAAGAGGAUGAUGAGGAAGAGGACAGGAGAUAGUGACAAAGUGACCCAGAUCUGACCCAGGAUGAUGGACCACUGGAUUCCUUUCUGCAGCCCAGGCCUGUGCCCAUGUGUGCCCCCUUCUGCCACACCCAGCGCUGAGCCCAAGAGGCAUCCUGAAUGCCACAGGCUGAACAUAAUCUUGGGUUCCACCCCUUCCUGCAUUAUGUCACACAGCCAGACACGAGCAGACACUAACUUGGCCAUACACAGCCAGCUGCAUGUCACCUUCUAAACAAGUCUUCUGCCCAGGCCCUCAUUGCCACACACUUGACCUCUGAGUCAAUGCAGGGCCUGGCCUGGCACACUCAGGCAGCCACUCUCUGCUUCACACACACACACACACACACACACACACACACACACAUACA